AUGUCUUUCACCGAUUUCUCUAGCAUUGACACUCUAACCAAGUUGGACAAGUUCCUUGAGGACAAGUCAUACGUUGAAGGUACCUCUGCCACCCAGGCUGAUGUUACCACCUACAAGGCCUUCCAGAAAGCUUACCCAAGCUUCACCAGAUGGUUCAACCACAUCGCUUCCUUCACUGAAGAGUUCGAGACUUUGCCAGCAGGUAAGGCUUCAGCUGCUGCUGCCGAUGAAGAAGAUGAUGAUGUCGAUCUCUUCGAUGAUGACGAAGAGGAAGAUGCCGAAGCUGAGAAGCUCAAGGCUGAGAGAGUUGCUGCAUACCAGGCUAAGAAGGCUGGUAAGCCAAAGGCUGCCGCCAAGUCUCUUGUUACCGUCGAUAUCAAGCCAUGGGAUGACGAGACCGAUCUUGAAGCCAUGUUGAAGUUCGUUAAGAGCAUCAAGAUGGACGGUUUGGUGUGGGGUUCUCACAGUUUCGUCGAUGUUGGUUUCGGUAUCAAGAAGUUGCAGAUCAACGUUGUUGUUGAGGAUGACAAGGUCUCCGUUGAGGAUGAUGUCAAGGAGAAGGUCGAGGAAGAUGGUGAGGAGUGGGUCCAGUCUGUUGACAUUGUCGCCAUGGCCAAGUUGUAA